UAUUUUAAAAUGUACAUUAGUAGUUGUUAAAUAUUUUUAUUAAUUUUUGUUUGUAAAUUUUAUAUCGUAAGGAGCCUUACGAUUAAAAAGAUGGCGUCGACACCAGGAGAUGAGGGGGAUGCUGAUGUACGCCGUAAGAGCAGAGGAAUGUUGAAAAUGUAUUACGGAAUAGACGAAGAGAAACUAGGUAUGACAACUGUCGACCCAUGUGACAUUGACGGUGCCCAUUUUAAGCAUGAUGUAUUCCUUAACAAGCUUAUCCGAGAGAAGUCUCUGACUGAGCUCAUGGACAGAGAGACUGAUGUAGUCCGUCAAAUCCGUGCUCUGGACAGUGAAAUGCAGACCCUCGUGUAUGAAAAUUAUAACAAGUUUAUAAGUGCUACUGAUACAAUCAGAAAGAUGAAAAACGAUUUUAAGAAAAUGGAAGAUGAGAUGGAUUUACUGGCAACCAACAUGGCUUCAAUAACAGAAUUCAGUGCCAAGAUUAGUGACACCCUUCAAGAUCAACGACAGCAGAUAACAAAGCUUGCUGGUGUUCAUGCCCUACUAAAAAAAGUAUGUUGCUUAACUAUAACCCCUUUUUUAUCAUAUUUCUUUGUGUUGUUUGAAAUGGUGGGGCUGGACGAAAUAUCUCUAUAUUACACUAAAGCUGAGAAAGUACUUAUCCAAUACAAUCAUAUGCCAAGCUUUAAACGAAUUCAUGAGGACUGCCUUGUAAUUGUAGAUGAACUUUGCCAAAAGCUGAAGGAGAAAUUUCAGGAGAAAGAUGUAAAUACAUUUUUUUCUGGCCUGUUCUAUCUUUCUAGUGCCCGUCAAAAGAUUGAUGAAGAUCUGGCUGAACUGGAAAAGCAGAUACAGUUACAAUCUGGAGUAAUUCCACUGAUAGAAGAAGUAGAAAGACCUGCUCAAGCCUACAUGAUGGCUCCAAUAGAUGUCCUUGAAUUUGUGGACCAUGGCUGUAAUACAUUCCUCAGUAACAUCUGUCUUGUGAUAGCAUCUUACAAUGACAUGUUUUUAAACAGACUUCAAGAAGAUGAGAAUUUAGAUGCAAUAGCAUUGAAAAAGUUGGUGAAUUUUGUAAACUCUCUCAUGGAAAGGUACUUUGACUGUGUACACAAGAGAGUACUUUUAGAGAAAGAAACAGGUGAUAAUACUAUUCUUGUACGUGCUUUGGAUCGUUUUCAUCGGAGACUUCAAGCUAUGAACAAACUCUUGCCUGACACUGACUUUUCACGAGCCGGUACUGAAAUUGUAUCGAAGGCUGCCAGAGAAAGAGGAGCUUACUACUUGCAAAUGUUGAAACAGCACUUUUUAGACUGCUUAACAGAUGUUCGUCAGAAUUUGGCUGCUCCAAAACAGAUUGGCAAACAGGAUAGUUCAGACAGCUUAUCAGAGUUACUGAACAAUACUGAAACUUCAGUAUUGGAGCAAAUUAAAUCUGUUCUCGCCAACUUACAGGCCUUUAUUUCCCCUGAUAUUACUUUUGCUAUGAAGCCAUACUUCAGGGGCCCUUUCUGUAUACAAGAUGUGAGAGAAGGCAUUCUUACUAACUUUAUCAGGCAUAUAUGCCAAGUUUGUUCUGAUUUCUGUGAAGGUGCUGCUGAACGAGGGUCUAUUCCACCUUCCUUGUUAUUAAUUCUCUCAAGACUCUGUGAAGAUUUCAGUAAUUCCAUCAUAUCACAUUUGGUUGUGCUGACUGAAGAACAACUUCUGAUGGAAGACACAACUGGAGUAACUCCUAUAUCCAAAUUAUGUGAGGAGGCAAAAUGUGCUGCCCAGAAGCUUUUAAACCAUUAUGUUCGAAUACAAGGACUUACUAUUUCCCAGAUGUUGCGCAAGAGUGUGGAGACACGAGACUGGCUUCAUACGAUUGAACCCCGAAAUGUCCGAGCUGUGAUGAAACGUGUGGUGGAAGACAUAACUGCCAUUGAUGUGCAAGUGGGACAGCUGUAUGAAGAAGGGAUCCGUAAGGAGCGUAGCAGUGACUCCAGCCGUCGGACACACAGCUAUAGUCUUUCUCAGCAGCAGAGACGACCACAGUGGAACUUUACUCCCAGCAUAGACAACAGCUUGAUCAGUAAUAUCCAGAAACUGUUUUCUGAGAAAAUUGAAAUCUUCUCUCCAGUUGAGUUCUCCAAAGUUUCAGUUCUCACAGGCAUCAUUAAAAUCAGUUUAAAAACUUUCCUUGAAUGUGUCCGGCUGAGAACAUUUGGUCGCUAUGGCUUGCAACAAAUUCAAGUUGAUACCCACUAUCUUCAGCUGUACCUGUGGAGAUUUGUAUCAGAUGAAAAUUUAGUCCAAGUUUUAUUGGAUGAGAUUGUUUGCAGUACUGCACACCGCUGUUUGGAUCCUAGCAUGAUGGAACCAAGUGUGAUAGAGCUGAUUUGUGAACGUGGAUGAAAUUACUGAUAUUAGGAGAGGCAAUAAAGUCUCUAAUUUAAUUCUGCUUAAUUAUCUGGAGUCAAGAAUAAUCUAGAUAAUUAAGCAGGACAAAGAAAUACUCAGUAUACAAAUUUUUUUUUAAAAAAAGGGUAAAGGAAGAAACAACAAUCAUACUUCUCAAGCAUUUCUGGGACCAAUAUUUGUAUUUUGUGUUUUUUUCUUUCAGUGCUUGGACUUAAGUGUGGUUUUGAAAAGAUUAUAAAGACCUAUGAUGGUUAGGGAAGAAUUUCUGUAAUAAAAAGAAGAAUGUUGAUAUUUAAAUAACAAAACAUGGUGAGCUGGCAGAAUCAUUAGCAUGCUUAGUGGCAUUUUGUCCAUCUUUACAUGCUGAGGUCAACUUUGCCCUUCAUCCUUCCAGGAUUGAUAAAAUAAGUACCAGUUACACACUGGGGGUUGAUGUAAUCAAUUUAUCCCCUCCAUCAAAAUUGUUGGCCUUAUGCCAAAACUUGAAAUCAAUAUUUAAGUAAUAUUUAAUUUGUUGUGGAGCCUAUUUGGUUUGGCUAUAAAUGAAGACGGAAGCAGCUGAUGAUAGAAGUGGUAGUCAUAAAGGGAGAAAUACAUGAUGAAUGAAGCUGCCUACGGCAAAAUUGAUGGUAAAUUAUGUAGAAUAAAAGAAAAAAUUAAAACUUGGUGAUAAAAUAAA